AUGCGUAUCGGUUUUACUGUCGUCGCCAUCGCCGCCGCUCUCCCCGCGGUCCUGGCCAGCUACUGGGACGGCAGCUCUUGCACCUACGAGGGCCCCGAGCAAAAGACCAUUUGUGACGGCGCGAAGACCGCUAUUCUUUAUUGCAACCCCGACGGUCACUGGCGUAACGGCCACACCUGCCACGGCGGCUGCUGUCGCAUCAGUGCGCCUCCCUUCCACGGCCAGGCUGGUAACGCCCAUAUCGCUUUAUCUGCUGUGAAAAAUGAAAUGUAG